AGACCAGAAGCAACCAGGAAGAGCUGACAGGAGCUGCUUACGGGAGAGUGGUGAGAGAGCUGAGUUUGAAUGGGAGCUGAAACAGGCCUGUUGGUGAGAACUGUUCAAAGCUGGGGACCCCGGCUGACCAGAUGCCUUGGGCAACGGCCUCUGGGAAAAAGUGGAGGAUCCACAUUGCUUAGGGGAAGCUGAGCCUGGAAGUGAGAGGGCUGCUUGGGAGAGUGGAUCCUACUGAGCAGGAGCAGGACUCACAGGGUCUCUGGCUCCCCACCGCGCCAGCAUGUCUCACAGGCAUUCUGACAGCUCCGUGGGCGACAAGGCCCUUCUCCUGGAGCGCAAGUUCCAUUCAGAGCUGCGGAUAGAUGCCAGCGUGACCCCUCCCUCUGGGAAACGCAGCUCCAUGGCAGCACUAGACAGCGCCUCGUUCGCGGCCCAGCGCUCCCCGUCCCCCACCGAGCCCUGUCGCGUCAUCCUCAGCACAGAGAGCCCAGCCGCGCUGAAGAUGGGCACCCAGCAGUUGAUCCCCAAAAGCUUGGCCGUGUCUACCAAAUCCAAGACCCCUGCCCGCCACCAGAGCUUCGCCGUGGCCAUGCCAAGUAAAGAGGCAGCUCGCUGCGACCCCAAGCGGAUGUCAGCCCCCGGCAUUUCCCUGGAUGACCUGGACAUCGAGCUGGAUUCUAGUGGGCUCACGCGCAACCUACGGAACACGUCGUACCGGGCUGCCAUGAAGGGGCUCGGGAAUGCCGAGGAGCCUUCUAAGGACAUCGCCACCCUAAAGCCCGUGUCGCAGGACACCAACGCACACCCAGCGCGAAGCCCAGGGAGAACCAAGAGAACACUCGGGAGGAAGCGGAUGCAGAGACACGGGGGCUCCUUUAAGGAUGAGCCCCGGCUCUAUCAGGAGAUCCGUGAGAGAGGGCUGAACUCCAUCAACCAUGAGUCAGACGAUGACUUGCUGGAGGAGGACUCCAAUGUGGAGGAGCAUUCUGCUCCUGCCACCAUCGUGGUGAAAAGCUAUCGCCCCGCCCAGGUGACCUGGAGCCAGCUACCUGAGGUGCAGGAAGCAGGCAUCCUAGAAAGAAUAACGCCAGAGGAACGCAAAAGGCAAGAGGCGAUCUUUGAGAUUAUCACCUCUGAAUACUCCUACCUGCACAGCCUGGGUAUCCUGGUGUGUCACUUCAUGAAAUCCGAAGAGCUGAAGGAGACAAUGACCCAGACUGAGCACCAUCACCUCUUCUCCAACAUCGGCGAGAUCCUGAGCAUCAGCAAAAGUUUUUUUGAGGACUUGGAGAAGCGGCACCAGGAAAAUAUACUGAUCCCCAACAUCAGCGACAUCCUGGAGAAUCACGUGUCAAACCGCUUCAACCCUUACGUCGUCUACUGCUCCAACGAAGUCUACCAGCAAAGGACGCUACAGAAGCUUCUAAACACGAAUGCUACGUUUAAAGAGGCCUUGAAACAAAUUGAGAGGAAGCCAGAGUGUGGUGGCCUGCCCAUGAGCUCCUUCCUCAUCCUCCCCAUGCAAAGAGUAACACGCCUGCCCCUGCUUAUGGACACGGUUUGUCAGAAAACCAGCGUGGACAGCACAGCCUACGAAGCUGCCACCCAAGCCCUGAAAGCCAUCAGCAAGCUAGUUAAGAAAUGCAAUGAGGGAGCCCACACGAUGGAGAGGACCGAGCAGAUGUACACACUUCAGAAACACCUGGAGUUUGGAAAGAUCAAGCCUUUCCCACUGAUUUCAGCUUCCCGCUGGCUGCUGAAAAGAGGGGAGAUCUCCCUUUCCCAUUCAGAAGAUGCUGGUAUCUUCCGCAAAAGUUUUGGCCGGGCUAACUGCUACCUUUUUGUGUUUAAUGACGUCCUGAUUGUAACCAAGAAGAAAAGUGAGGAGAGCUACGCAGUUAUGGACUAUGCCAAGCUGGAUCAGAUAAUGGUGGAGAAAAUUGAAGCCCUUGACAGUCCCUCGUCUCCCCCUGGGAAGCCGGGGUCAAGUGGUGCAGCCCGUGGCCCGUGUAGCGGCCACUCGUUUCGAGUGAUCAUGAAGAGGAACAGCGAAGGGAAGGAGGAGACGAUUGUGCUGUCGGCGGAGUCUCUGAGUGACCGGGCUCGCUGGAUCACUGCUCUGAUGCACAGAGAAAACAAAACAGAUGAAGUGGCUAGUAAAGGUGAGCUGAGACAGGUGGAGAUAAUCAGGGCCUACUUGGCUAAACAGACGGAUGAGAUUUUCCUGCAGCAGGCGGAUGUCGUCUUGGUCCUCGACGAAGAGGAUGGCUGGUACUUGGGCGAGAGGCUGCGAGACGGCGAGAGAGGCUGGUUUCCCCAGUCGUGCGCUCAGCACAUCACCAACCGCAAUGCUGUGGAGAGCAAUGUCCGCCGCAUGGAGCGGCUGCGGAUAGAGACGGACGUAUGAGUCCCAGGCCCCGGGGGACGUUCUUUCUUUGGAGUGAGCCAGUUAUAAGGCCACGAGCUGCAAGCCGGCUGAGCCCAUAGACUAUUGAGGAGAGGAAAGUCUGUGGUCCAGACCCGCUGAUGCCCUCGGUGUGUCUCCCAUGCAGCUGAUCUUCGGAGCAAACUCCAUUUCCCUUCCUUUUAAGAAAACGCUCUCUAGAGGAACUAACUUGACUCAGACCUGAGCAUUUUGUGCAGAGAGAGGGACUGUGUAACCUCUGUGCAUGCACUCAGGAUGUGUCAUCUUCUCUCUGAAGACUUCAGCAACCCUAGGAGCUACUUCACAUCGUCUGAUCUGCCCUGGCUCCUCAUACGCAGCUUUUAAUAUCAGCUGGAAUUUGCUGCAUGGAAUUUAAAGCCAUGGCUUCUUGCUUUGAAAUCCAACCCAGAGACGUCUCUGAAAUAUUCAAAUGUUGAGCUGGGGCUUUAGUUAGAUAUUUCAGUUUGUGUCUCCAAUUCACCUUUAUUCUCUCUCUGCCAUCGCCUAUGGCUAUUAGUCCUGGGGCAAGCACUUGUUAGGGACCGUAGUGGAACAUACAGCAGGGUUCUUUGCAGCCACUGUAUUGUGGGGAACACGUCCAGGUGUGGUUUGAUAAGUGUAUCUAUAAAAUGGAUAUUUUUCCUUCUUAGUGAUUUGAAUAGUCUGUCCUCAUUUUCAGUAGAUGGUUAGCAGCUGUGUCUGGCUCUGCAUUGGCUGGAGUGUUGGGGAGGCUCUGUCGAUGAAGUGACCUGAGCCACUGAAAGUCUGAGCUUCAUCCAAACCAGGGCAGGCUGCUUAUGUGAUUCUGCGCCCAUGCAGAGGGUGAAUCUUUCACAGCUGGGGGCUUGGGGACGAAGGGGGGUGGGCAGCGAGUGCUCUCCAGCGUUCUUAACACUCACUAAGCGUAGGAGAAACUACCCAGUGCUCUGCGUGCACCCUGCAGGAGAGGUUUGGGAUUUGUCCUGCAGGGUGUUUCUAAGUUCGAAAAGGCCAGCUGAGUCUUCGUGGGGAGUGGUCGCCGAGACAGCAUUGAGUCUCCAGGCUUCACGGUCCCGGCGCCUCGGAGGAGGCUAUGCCAGUGCCUGGAACGAACCCUCUGCGGAGCAACCCCUGCGACGCUUCCCCACGUAAGCGACCCGUUCUCAGGUGGAUUUUCAGCCGGCACGUGUCUUGGGCUGGAUGUUACGGGGGGAGGAUGCAUUUUCUGAGAGUCCAGGAGGCUUCAGGGCCAUUUCAGUCAGGCUACAGCGAGGUGUCCUCUCAUGGGUUAGAACGAAGAGUGCCUGGAAGCCAGCUCUGUGACCCUAUGACUGCAGGUCAGGCUUGGAGAGAGAGGGGCCGAUUAAUUUUAUCCGUUGCAAUCUUUCUCCCUCCCUUUCAACCCGACCCCAUCAACUCCCUGAGUAAACGCUAAGGAGAAGGUGACGGGGUAAGGAAAGAGCUAACGAGUGAGGAAAAAACUGGAACUAGCCAGCGGCCUGGGUACAAGGCAAACCGCUGUAAUGGGAAUUCCCUCUGGUCGGUGCUGCUGCUCCAGAAAAUCUGUCAUAACCUGUAGCUGCUCCGCUUCCCUUCAGAGGUUCCCAUUUGGCUGUGUGGCCACCAGCGUUUCUCACACCGAGCAGGUUGUGAGCCAAGCCCACCAAAGAGCUCUCGAGAGCUGGGAACAGAGGCAGCCUUUCAAACCCACCUGCGGCCUCUGUCUGACCGGGAGUGGGCUCAUUACUGAGUCUGGCUCACUUGAAUCCAUUCCUCCCUCUGUCCCCCACCCACCCCCCAAGGGGUUUCAUGGAAAUAUCAUCUAAGCCAGCCCUGUGGCUGAUCCAGACUGCCUGGAGGAUGUGAAUAGUUUGGAGUCGCUGGAGGGUUGUGCCAUGUAAUCUUUGUAUUUUAGCACCUUGUUUGAUAAGGCUGAGUACACAGUAUUUACAGCGCUGGUUACUGUGUUCUGUCUGGGAGCCUGGAUUCCAGGAAAACCCAGGGCAGGUUUAGAGAGGUGCGAAGGAUGCCUGAAUUCCCCUUUGAGUGCUGCUCUGUGCCUCCCUCCGAGUGCUCCCGGCAGACGGCUUUAACGUGUGAGAAAGCAGCAGAGAUUCGCUGUGCUCAGAACUGCUGGCCAUACAGUAUUUCUCCAGGAAGCACAGCCAGGCUAUUGGCAGAACAGAGUCCAUGAGGGCGGUGGGAACUGAAGCCGAUACAAUGAGGAAACCUUGACCAUUGUGAGGGGGGGCUGGCACCUGGGGGGACAUUGCAGGGUUAAAAGGCUUUCACCUCCACAGCCCCAGAACUGGAGUUCUUGAGGCACGGAGUCUUAUAGUCACCUAAAGCACCUGGAAUCUCUAUUGUCACCAAUGAUUAGGAUGUAUCGUUUAUACUCUUGGCACUACACUAUCUCCAAGGUUCCUCUCCUCUUUGUCCGUCCCCUCCCCCAUAUCGCCUCACAACUUGUUUCUAAAUUUUAGUUUUACUUGUUAAAAGCAGUGUCCGGGCUGCGGCAUGAAAACCUGUCCUUAAAAACCGUCUCCAACCAUCGCCAAGGUGAAACAACUUGCAAGUAGUGACCUCUGGGCACUGGUGAAGGUUUGGUUGCCUUUUUUAAUGAAGUUUCUCUCUUAGCAGCAGGGCCCGUAAGUGUCUUUAAAUUCUGUGAAUGUAAGAAGGUCUCUGCCAUGAUGUGAGGGACGUAUUUACAGACCAGCAUCUCUAUUACGUAUUGAUGAGAGUGAGGAUUUCUCAGGACAGUCAGACUUUCCAGACUCCUCUCCCCCCUGCCCGCCCCCCCCCCAGAAUAAGGAAUGAGCAACUUAAUUUUUUGAUACUCAAACCAUGGCAGUCUGAUUACCCUUUGGUGUGAUCUCUGGGAGCUUUGGGGGGCUGUUUUCCGGUGAGGUUCAAAGCUGGGAAUGGUAAUGUGGCUGCAGCCAAACUGCUCCCUCUUUGCAGUCUGAGACAAAUGAAAUAUCGUGCUUUGUUUUCUAAUAUGGCUUCUUUUUACAAACGCAGUGAAGGCGGGGAAGGGCUGGGAUGUAGGACUGAGCCAAUCACCGUUCUUUAUAGGUCUGGACAAGGGGCAUGGGUUGAUCCAGGAAGAAACUUGUAUGUGACCUCCCGCCCCAGGAACAGCUUUGGGAGUUGGAAUUCUUAGGAACGAAAGCCUUUGUAGCCAGUUCGUGUAACAGAUCAUCCCUAGCUGUGCAGAGAGCAGUGAGCAUCCCACUGGGCAUGGUUCAUACUCUACAGUUCCGCUGGGCGGUCUCCUGCAGCUCACCCUGCUCUGCCAUUUCAAGCACUUGUGUUGAGUGAAGCUUUUUACGUGAAGGAAUCCUGGAAUCCCACCACCCCCCAAAUCAUCCCCCGUGCAUCAGUUUUACUUACGGAAAGAAUUAAAACUUUGGCUCCCCCUCUCUUCCUUCCAGUUCUCUGUACUUCCCAAAUGUUGUGUUUUUCUUGGUUUUAGUAGGAAAAUAUGUUUGAAAUUACUCUGGCCUCCAUGCUGUGGGGGGGCAGCCCAAGGCCUGCUGCCGACAGUGCUGUGUUUCACGCCCUGCGUGGCUUUGUGAGCCCAUUCUGAUACUCCACACCACUCUAAGACUGCUGCCACGUGUGUGUAUCGGUGGGGGUGAGAUUGUCUGUCUGUCUGCUUUGUCCAUGAAAUGUGGAAUGCGGCUGAAGGCUCCAAUGUGGAAUUCCAGCACCUUGCGCCUGUAAUUGUUACUUACCCAGAUGACCUGAACACUGCUGUAUAUCGUAUGUAGCAAGUAUUUAAGCCAAUAAACUUCCUGAUCUGUUCUGAGCGGUGAGGGGGUUUGCUGGUUUUAUG